AUGGAGGCCUUUCUGAGGAGGAAGAAAAAAGCAGAAAAGGUGGUCGACAUGGAGAACGAGCUUCCCAGAUACGCCCAUAUUUACGAGAACUGCAAGGAUGACGUGUGUAACAUUUAUUUGAAUAUCUACAGGGAGAGCAAUAAAGGAGUAAGUAAGGAGGGGGAGGAUCUUCUUGCAGAGGAUAGGAGAAGGAUGGAAGAAAGGGUUAAACGGGUGGUGGAGGAGAAAAACCUUAACGAUGAUGGGGAAGACAAGUCCAUUAAGAAAAGCAUCGACUUGUUGGUUUCUCCAUGUAUUUAUGAGAUAAAUAGGAGCCCUGAUUAUUUCACCAGUUCGUGCUGCUCGGGGAGGGUAGUAAUUUUUGGUGAAGCAAGUGAGGUGAAUGAGAAGAGGAACUCCAGCAGUGGUGCCAAAUGUAACAGGAGUGGUUCCCUUGCAGGGGGAGCCAACCUGGGAGACACUACCAAUGGUAGGACGAAAAGGACCAUCGAAGAAGACACCUUCAUUUCGUACUUAAGGAGUAGUUACCAUGAGGGGUGCCACGCAGAUGAUCAGUCCUACCCUACUGUUCACGGAAGAAACGCAUCCCCCAAGGGGACCAAAAAAAAACACAGAAAAAAUGUGCGAAUAUAUUACUCCAGCCACAUGCAUCAGAAUUUGAAAGAAGACUCCAAGUUGGUGAAGCGCAUUUUAACGGAGUGCCUAGGUGGUGUGAACACUUCCCCCCCUGUGGGUAAAGAAGGGGAGGAGCACUCCCUCGUGGUGACUACCCAGUGGAACCCACCAAGUGGAGGAAAUCAUCCCGAGGAAAAACCAACCUGUUCGAAUGGUGAAGACCUAACCAAAAUAACCCCAAAAAAAACGACAAGGAUAUUUUUCAAAUUUGAACCGUUUAUUAUUCACGUUAAGUGUGUGAAUCUGGAGAGUGCACUGAGGUUGCUGAAAGUGGCACAGAUGUCUGGACUGAAGCAGAGCGGUCUAUUGAAUUUUAACCGGGACGUUACCGUUGCGAUUAGGGGAUCCAUGAGACUGGAGCAUUAUGUGGAGGAUGCUCUUUCAUUGGAGGAGGAUUCUAUUGCGAAGCUGCUUGACGUGUGCAAUGGGAAGAUGGACCACAAUUUGAGGCAGCUUGUGGGGUUUUACCACUGCUAUAGGGAGAGUACGCAGGCGGGGGGUUCAAACUGGCAGCCCCUCCAGUUGUACCAGGUGCAGUGUCAGCAGUGCAGCCAACGGGGGGGACAUAUCCAUCGGGAAAGCAUCAAAAAGGACCGUGCCUGUUCAGGUGAAAAUGAAGAAAAAGUUAGCCCCACUAUGUCAAACACGCAGUUGGAGAAUAACCCACCGACGAAGGAAAAGAAAAAUAAGAGAGAAAAAAAAGAAAUAAAUUUGGACAGGUACAACAUAGAACUGUCGGACGAGGGAUACAUACGGAGUGGUACUUCCCCAAUGGGAGAGAACUCCUCCCUGCAGUGGAAGCUCCUUUCCAGUGAGGGGGACCUAGACAAGUUCUUCGUUUGGGGGCAUGAUAUGUUUAUAGAAGAGGGGAAGAUUUACCUAUUUGGUGGGUUUGCUAAAGGAGUGAGGAGUAGGGAGUUGAAAGUGUUCGACGUUGGGAGGAAGAACCUUAGGACGUAUGAGACGCCGUUACCAGCGCUGUCUUACCAUUGCUUCUUCCGUCUGGACAGCAACUACGCGUGUGUGUUUGGUGGUAGGAGGAGUCCGGAAAGUUGUACGAGUGACGUUUGGUUGUAUGACGUGAGAAGGAAUGCGUGGUGCGUUGCGGAGUGGUGCAGUUAUGGUCAGGAAACCUCCCGACCCUGUGGUAGGUACAGACACGCGUGUGUAUUCCUCCGUAGGUACCGCAAGAAGCAGAAGGAGGUUUACUUGUUCUAUGUGCACGGCGGUGUUACAGAGAAGAAUGAAGUGUUGAAUGAUUUGUGGGAGGGGAAGCUAACCGUUCAGGGGGACGUCUCCAAGGGGGUAACUGCUCACAUCGAAUGGGAGAGGAAAAACUGCUCACAGAAGGUCAAGCAAGAGGGGGAGGUCAUCUCCCCAUUUCUAAAGAACCACACCAUGGUGUAUAAUAAAAGGAGGAACUUGAUUCACCUCGUUGGGGGUUGUUCCUCUUCCGUUGCUGAGGGUUCACACUCGAGUCAAUCCCGUGAGGAAGAUCGUAUGGAACAUUUACACACAUAUGACGUGAAGAGGGACUGUUUUUUUUACGUUCGUUGUGGAGCCAGUGGGGGGGAUGGUGAAGAGGCCUUCCCAUUGAACCGAUUCUCUCACGCCACAUGCGCCUGGGGGCACAACGAUUUUGUCCUUAUAGGGGGGAUCAACAUGCAUCGAACGAUUAACGACGUGUGGUUCUUCCGAAUGAAGGAGAGAAAAUGGUACCACCUGGGUGUGUUCCCCUUCCAUAGUAUGUAUGUGAGGGCGAAGGUUGCCAGUGAGGGGGACUACCUGUAUGUGGUCGGAGGUGGGUGCACCGUCUUUACCUUCGGGAGUUUUUUUGACUUGCCCGUCGUUGCUAAUUGUAGGAGCAUUCUACUCCAGAAGGGGGUGGAAACAACCAAGGGGGACGAUGGACCGGUGGAGGAAGAAGCGGGGGAGGCAGCCGAUUUGGCCACAUCGUAUUUUUACCUCGAGGAGAGGGGAGAGAGGCCAGGAAGAACGUCCCGCCUGAGGGUCAAUCACAGACGAAUGGCGAACCCCCAAGGGAAGAAACCAUCGAAGAAGCUGCUGUACCUAAUUGUAAAGGACAGAACCUACGUGAAGGAGGUGAAAACCGCUUUGGAGAGAAUAGGGGAAUUCGAUAAGAGUCGCAAAAUUGAGGUCUACAAGGGAGGUACAAGUGGGGGAAACGAUGAAAACUCCUUCUUAGUCCCAAUUGUGGAAAAAAUAGAAACAUCAAAAAAUUAUGAAAAGGUCAUGCGAUUUUUUCCAUUUGGAAGGAUACAACUUACAAAGGAGGGGAAUAUUUUCUACCUACGUAGGAGUUCUCAGUUGGUGGAGGAAAAAACGACUUUGAAGCGAUGUCUAACGAAUCUGUUUUACAACUUUGCUAAUCAGGUGAGGAGGUACUUGAGCGAGUCCGAGAGGAAGCUCAUCCUUAGGGCGAGCAGCAAGUACGAAGUCGUGGGGGGUAUUGUAAUUUUCCACUAUAAUAAUUUGGGGCCGAUUCUGCGGCUGUACCGCACGUGUGUGGAGGGUAUUGCAUCGAAGUAUAUGGAGAUGGGCAAGGGGAAGUAUACCCACCUAAGGGCCCUGCUGCGUAAGUGCAAACGUUGGAAGAUCAUCUCUUCUGUGGAUGCACUUUGGCUGGACGUGAGGGAUGCGUUCAACAGGUUCCGGGGGGGUCACAUAAAGGAGGCAACCAGAACGCAACCAAGGAUGCGCCUUAGAUGCAUUGGAACGUUUGUUAAAUUUUCUAGCCUGGCGAGGAGACGCACCGUGCUGCGUGGCCUGUCUGCAUCGAGUCGGUGUGGGAGCACAUCCCCCUGUGAAGGUAGAAAGGAAUGCUAUUGUAGUGUUGGAGAAAACGCCUGCCUUUUUAAUCAUCCCUGGUGCUGCCUCACAUACGUUAGACGGCGCACAGUAAAGGUGGAACAGGUAGCCGAAAUGAAGAAGCAAUUGAAACACCUACGUGAGAGUGAGGUCAGUCGAAAGAACAACCCACGGGGUAAAAUAAUAAAAGCAAUAACAAUUUACGAACAAAUAGACGGGAUGAAGAGGAAGAAUAGAAUCCACUUAGUGCUCGGAAGGAACACCAAAACGAUACACAUAGAAAAUAACGUUGUGUAUAAGCUAGACCUGCAGAAGUGUAUGUUCUGCUCAGGUAAUGGGACGGAAAAGGAGAGGAUGCAGAAUCUUUAUUUGGACCGAUCUAACAUGGUGGUGAGGAGGGAAAACGUUGUUGACCUGUUUUGUGGUGUUGGGUACUUCACUCUCCCUCUGCUAAAGUUUGUUGGCGAGGGAAAAAUAAAGGAAUAUUACGCCUGUGACAUUAAUAGGGAUUCUUUGAAAUUGCUGAAGGGUGCAGUAAAAUUAAACAGAAUUGACACAACUCAUUUGCGCAUUUUAAGACAGAACUCCUUUCUCGUGACGAAGAAUGUGCAGCUCCGUCGGAGGUGUCAUCGUGUUUUGCUCGGCUUGUUGCCGCACAGUGUAGAUGCCUGGUGCAAUGCGUUUCACCUUUUGGACGGUAAGGUGGGGGGUACCCUACACAUACACGGCGUUGGGGAACACGUCUUCGAAGAACAGUUCCUCUCGCGAAUGUACACGCAUGAUUAUGUGAACAGGGUGAAAGGGUUCACCCAGACUGAUGUCACCACUUUGUCCUUGUCUGAGUUAGUUCGACAUGGACUCCACGUGAUAGACGUGACGCAGAGUGGAGGAGACCCCUCCAUUGUGCAGUCGUCUCCCCAUCGUGGGGACAAAUCAGGGAAGAGGACGAAGGGUCCCUACAGAGGGAACAACGUUCAUGUGAGUCUGCACUUUGCUCAGUUUGUGCUGAUGGAGAUUUUUAAGCUUGCCCUGAAGGACUACCUCUUGAACAAGGUGAACUGGCUCGUGUCGAUACUGCACGUGGAGCGCGUUAAGUCCUACGCGCCUCGACUUUAUCACUACGUGGUGGACGUGCGUUGCGUGCCGCAGGAGCGAGGAAAAGUCUAG